CACGAAGGACGUGGAGAUAUUUCUCCAUCUGGUCGUGUUCUUGUGUGCAGCUUCAGGCACAGGUAGUCUGCCGACAGCGGUGUUGAUACAUCGAAAAAAUCCGAAGGCUCCUCCGGUGGUGAGAAAGACCGAGCUCAGCUCCAUGGCCCCCAAAACGCGUGAAGAGCCCGAAGGUUUGACGGCCGAUUGCUCUCGUCUGUGACUCUGGUCGCCGUGGUUAACUAAUUCUUGUCAGGAGAAACCCUCCAAAAUCACAUACCCGUGAAGUUACUCGCGCCAGAUCUUGAAAGGCGUUUGUUUUGAUCGGCUGCUCUUCCUUCCAAAAGCGGUGUUGAAAUGACGGGUGGGGGGGGACACCACUGAGUGCGUGAAGCGGAGAUUUACGUGCCUCGUGCCCGGGUUCAAAAGCUCGGUGUUAGAGGCGGACACGCCCGGCGGGGACGAAUGGACAGCGAAGCCGUCACGACGACUUGUUCAAGGUUGUGAAACGGCUUCUGUUGUACAAUCUCGUUCGAUGCUUGUGUAACUUUUUGACAACGAGAGAAACCAAACCGACUGCUUUUCUCCGCCCUACUACAAGGGGGCGCGGCUACGAGCAAGCAUGUUUUGUGGCGCGUUCAGGUUCCCCUGGAAAUCCAAUAAGUGAGUAUGAACAAUGAAGAUCAAGGCGAAGCUUUGGAGGAGGUGUCUGGACUGGUUUGUCAGGAGGAUGACCUCAAUGAUGGCCAGAUGAAAGUAGUCUCUGUGGCAGACCAGAAGGUGUUGCUUGUCCGGACGGAGGGUCAGUACAGUGCAGUCGGGAAUCAGUGCACUCAUUAUAACGCUCCUCUAGUUAAUGGAGCAUUGGUUGGCAACAGAGUGAGAUGUCCUUUCCAUGGCGCUUGUUUCAAUAUUAAAACAGGAGAUAUUGAAGAGUAUCCUGGUCUUGACUGCCUUCCUUGCUACAAGGUGAAUGUUCAAGAUGGAAAGGUGUACGUUUCCAUCAAGAAAAAGGCUCUUAAGCAAACCAGGCGCGUGAAAGAGAUGUGUAAUGUGUUACCAAAUGUCACACAUACUAUCCUGCUCAUUGGAGGAGGCCCUGCUGCUUUGGUGUGUGCUGAAACGUUGCGUCAGAACUGCUACCAGGGCCGAAUUGUCAUGGUAACCAAAGAUUCCAGCCCUCCUUUUGACAAGCCCAAACUGAGUAAGGCUAUGAAUGUGGACAUAAGCAACAUUGUCCUCCGCUCCAAUGAAUUUCUUCAACAGUACGGGAUAGAAGUGCGGAUAGGGCAAGAGGCGGUGACUGUAAACACGCGAGAAAAAGCCGUGACAAUGAAGGAUGGUGCUGUGCUGCAUUACGACCAGCUUCUUAUCUCAACAGGCUGCAGAGCGAGGCGACUCACUUGUCCCGGUAGUGAUCUGAAAGGAGUGAAGUUACUAGAGAGAUACGAAGACGCCAAAGACAUUCAUGCUUCCUGCCUGGGCCGCAAGGCUGUUGUCGUUGGAACAUCCUUCAUAGGUAUGGAGGUAGCAUCCUACCUCGCCAACAAAGCCUCCAGUGUUGCCAUUGUUGGAACCACCAAAUACCCAUUUCAACAGUCCUUGGGUUCCCAAAUUGGCCAAAUGACCAUGCAAAUGUUGGAAGAAAAGAAUGUGAAGUUCUACAUGAAUGACAGCGUCACUGAAAUCAGAGGAGUGAAUGGCUCGGUGAAAGAGGUCAUGCUGAAGAGUGGCACACUUCUGGAGGCUGAUGUAGUGAUUGCAGGAAUAGGUGUAAUCCCUAAUUCCGACUUUCUAGCUGGAAGUGAAGUUGAUUUAGAUCCCAGAAAAGCAGUAGUUGUUGACAAGUUCAUGAGGACCAACGUAGCAGAUGUUUUUAGUGCGGGAGACGUCACCUCCUUCCCUUUGACUAUUCGAAGUGAUCAACGGGUCAGUGUGGGUCACUGGCAAAUGUCACAAGCUCAUGGAAGAGUUGCUGCCCUCAAUAUGCUGAAUAUACCUACAAAAAUAGAGUCUAUACCUUUCUUCUGGACUGUAUUGCUUGAGAAGAGUAUCAGAUAUGCAGGUUAUGGGGAGGGCUACACAGAAAUUGUAUUCAAAGGCAAAGUGGAGGAAAGAAAAUUUCUGGCGUUUUAUAUUAAAGAUGACACUGUGGUGGCGGUGGCCAGCCUCAUGUUUGAUCCCGCUGUGGCUCAGCUGGCAGAGCGAAUGGCAGCAGGCCAGCGCAUUACAAAAGCGCAGACUCAAUUAGAAGACCUGAGUUGGCUCCAGAUGUGAGGGGUCUGAAUUACAUCUCACAGACGAAGAACACAACUGCUAUCUGUCUUGAUCCCAUCUACUUAUCGCCUCUGGCAAUUUGAAAGUCGGUCAAUGUCUGUCUGCCCUGCUCUUAUCACUUCCAUAUUCAUCAAGACACCAGCAACAACAGAAUGGAUGCUCUCCUCCCUCUCAAUAUUGCUCAUUAUUUAGCUUGAAUUAUAUACACAAGUUAAUUUACAUUAUAUACAGUAAGCUACUAAAUGUUUUCAGAAGAUGCAUCAGUUACAGUGUGCUGUGCACAACCUAAAAAAAUAUCAGGGACAGGAAUAAUGCAAGAAACAUUCAGGCUUAAUAACAGUAUUUACGGGUACGUCUGUUUUAGCUUGGACUAGACACGAGUUCAUGGCUACUUCGUGACAGAUUUACUUGAGAAAAAAAAGCUAAUUAGCUGGAAAACCACUCCACUUGCAUAAUAGUCGUAGCUAAUAUGAAAUGUGUGUGCUGCAAUGCCUGGUGUAUGAUGAUUGUUUACUGUGGAUAAGCUUUAGUUCUUUUAUGUCAGUUUUGGUGCACUCUACAUGCCAAUGAUUGUUACAUCAUCUUUGUAUGUUUGCAUAUUGUUUUAUUGUUGCAUCUAAAUUCUUAUAAAAUAUUUCACUGAACAUUGUGUAUAUUUUCUA